UAUAUAUAUAUAUUUAGAAUUUAUUAAUAACGUGUAAUAAGAUUUAAUUUCAUUAUCAGCAGUGUCUGUUUCGUUAUUGUAUAUUGUACUUAUAUAUUGUAAUAGCAAUUUAUACUUAUCGAUAAUGGAAUAAUGUAAAUAAAGACAUAAUUGAAUGCUGAACACGAGACAGUUACGGUGUUUGUAAGGUUACUCCAAACGUAUCCGUAGGAAAAUACUUCCUUGCAAAUUGAUUAAAAGAUGAUGAUUACAAGACGAUUUAAGAUACCUUCGCUUAACGAUUUAUCAACAAUAGCCCUUUUUGGAAGUGUUAUUGUUACAGCUACAGGACUUAUUGUACGAUACGAUUUAGAAAAAAAAAUUCGGCGAACAAUAACUUAUAAAAAGGCAUUGAAAUUAUUUUAUGAUCAUAAGGAAACCAUUAAACAUUUAGGAGAACCUAUAAAGGAAGGAAGAAUAACACUUCCAGAGUAUAAAACUGGUAAUAUUAAAAGAUUCAGUAUUAAUGUAAAGGGAACUAACACUAAAGGAAAACUAUAUUUUGAAUAUCAAGUUCAACCGGAUGAAAGUACUGAAAUAAAGAAGGUAGAAAUUAAAUUUAGUGACAUUGCUGACAAGAUGUUUGUGAUCCAUGAAAAUUAGUGCAUAUAAUAAUGAAAUAUAUUGUAUUCUUUUGUUUCUCCCUUAUAUUUUUGUGGUACUGUUUAAAAGUAUACAAAAGUUUGUUAUUAUAUAAGCUUCAAAGAAGGAUUGACAUGGCAACUUGAUUGUCUUUAACAUUAUAAUAUCAUCAAUAAAGAUGAUUAUAAUUUA